CCCUUCUUCUAGUUUAUGCCAAAACCAAAUUCUCCAAACGAGAGCGCAAUGGUCUUAGAGGAGAGCGUAGUGCAUGAUGUGAGGCUAUCGUCAGUUGGGCCGGGUCGGGCGACCGGGUCGGAUGUGUUCCACAACCCGGGUGGGUUGGACUUGGCCAUGAAACUGCACUACCUGAGAGUUGUGUACUUUUUUGAUAGUGAGGCUACAGGAGAACUGACCAUAAUGAAAAUAAAGGAUGCGAUGUUCACUUGGUUCAACCAUUACUUCAUCGCCUGUGGAAGGUUCCGGAGAUCAGAUUCCGGUAGGCCUUUUAUAAAGUGCAAUGACUGUGGCGCAAGGUUCAUCGAAGCCAAGUGCAGCAAAACCCUUGAGGAGUGGCUAGCCAUCAAGGACUCCUCUCUCUUCAAGCUCCUUGCCUCUCAACAAGUCAUUGGUCCAGAACUCUCUUUUUCUCCUUCUGUGCUCUUGCAGGUAACUGGAUUUAAGUGCGGAGGAAUUUCAUUGGGUCUGAGUUGGGCUCAUAUAUUGGGGGACCCACUUUCAGCUUCAGAAUUCAUAAACUCAUGGGGACGAGUAAUGAAUAACUUGGGCCUCAAAAUGCUUCCCAACGUUCCAAGAUCCGUCCCAGCACCCGGACAACCCGGACCCCAAAAGGAUCCAAUUUCGGCAAAACGGAUUGACCCGGUGGGUGAUCAUUGGAUCCCAGCCAACAACAAGAAAAUGGACACAUUCUCCUUCAACAUAACAAGCUCACAAUUGAACUACUUGCAAGCACAAAUCUGGGGUCCAAGUCAUCACCAAACCCCUGAUUUUGAAUCACUAUGUGCCAUGAUCUGGCGCUGUGUUGCCCGGGUUCGGACAAAAUCCGAACCCAAAACCGUAACUGUGUGCCGAAGCGACCCGUAUAGAAAGGAGAAUGAUAUUAUUGGUAACAACCAAGUGAUAAGCAAGAUUGAGGCUGGAAGUGAAUGUUGAAUUGGUGAGACGGAUUUGAGUGUUUUGGCAAGAAUGCUUGAGGAUCUGGGUGUCGAUGAGAGGAAGCAAAUUGAAGAAGCAAUUGAGAGAGACGAAGGUGUGAGUGAUUUCUUCGUGUACGGUGCCAAUUUGACAUUUGUGGACUUGGAAAAGAUCAAUUUGUAUGAUUUGCGAUUGAAUGGACAGACACCAACAUUUGUUUACUACAGCAUUCAAGGGGUUGGAGAUGAAGGAGCCAUUUUGGUGUAUCCGGGGCCACAAGGAUCUAUCAAAAAUGGCGGUGAUGGGAAGUUUGUGACCAUGAUUUUGCCAGAAGAUGAAAUGGCCAAGCUUAAAUCUGAACUCAAGAUGAAUGGGCUUCUGCUUGAGGAUAAUUAAGUUUUAAUGAUAUUAAGUAUUUGUUAGAGAAUAAAGUUCUUGCUUUUUGUUUAUUUGAUAGAGUAUGUUUGUGAGCAGGGAAGAUCUUUAGUUUCUGUUGUGUAUGGGCUCAUUGUUCUUCUUUCUUUGUUGUUAUGC